AGUGAACAACAAGUCAAUGCCAGCCUCGUCAUAUCCUUCAUCACAUGCUGAGGCUAUAAAACACUCCUACAAGCUCCUCACUGAAGCCCGAAGGGCAAAAACCAACUACUCCUCCCAGGAAACUCGUGCAAAGCUGAUUCAGUCUGUCGGAGCACAAUGCAAUGGCCGGACACCUUAUGAAUGGCAGCUGGAUGCCUCUGAGGCAUUUACACUGGGAUAGACUGUAUAAUAAUAGCGGGUACUGGCGCCGGUAAGACACUUGCCUUUGCUAUGCCUUUGUUACUUCACAAAGAGCGUAUACUUGUCAUCAUCUCGCCUUUGAAAAGUCUGGAGGAAGAACAGUUCUAUCAGUGGGGAAUACAGUCUGCAGAUGUCAAUGAAGACACAUAUGACGAGCACUUACACAAGGAGCUCAACGAGCAAAAAUAUAAUACCAUCUUCGCUUCCCCAGAAAUACGACACAUGCUUGGCUAUAUCAUUGACGAGGCCCACUGCAUCUCACAGUGGGGAGGGGAUUUCCGCCCUGCAUAUUCCCAGGUUGACCAAUUGCGAUCCUUUCUACCACUCAAUAUCCCUGUAUAUGCAACUUUGGCCACAAUGACUCCUAAUGUUCUUGCCGAUGUUCGGUCAAAGCUACAUAUUGACUCAGCAAAAUCUUUUCAUUUAAACUUGGGGAAUGACCGACUGAAUAUCACUCAUGAAGUUCGUUAUAUCCCCAACUCCAAAGACUAUUCACCUUUAAAUUUUCUGGCUGCACACCGGCAUCUCAGGAAACUCUUACCUGAGAGUUUACAGGCUCAAGUCAACUUCUUGAAUUCACGAUGUUCUGUGCGCACCAAGAAGACUGCCUUACAAAGAUUUCGUGAAGCGACAACCAGAUUGUUGGUUGUAACAGAGAUUGGUGGGAUGGGUUUGGACAUACCUGAUGUUGAAUUGGUAAUCCAGUUUGGAGUGCCCAAAUCCCUCACCAAUUGGAUGCAGAGAGCUGGUCAGGCAGCAGGGCUCCAUUCAAUGCAAGGUCGAGCCAUUUUGCUUGUCAAGGCCUCAGUGCUCCGUAAGGUAGGUGUUAGUGUGGUGGUCAAAGAAGAACCUUUGUCAGAUGGAGAGCAUUUUGACAACCCACCAGGACAAUCAGGUGUUGUCCUUAUCCCUGACCCCACAUUGACGUCCCUUGCUUCAAACCGCCGGUGGAAAACACUUGAAGAGAUUCGUGAGGGCCUGCCUGCACCUUGGGCACUUGUGGAUCAAUAUGGGGAGGAAGCUUUGAAGGUGUUGGCUGAUGUAGAUCAUCAGGACAAGGAGCUGCGGGAAGCAGCCAAGAUAGAGAAGCAAGAGUUGAAGAGGCAGGCCACAGAAGCUGCAAAGUUGAAGAGGCAGGAGGAGGUCAGGACGGAGGAGGAUGCAAGAGUCAUCAAGACGAAGAGCAAGGAUGAUACAAGGGCUAUCCAAAAAAAGCCUCGCACAAGUCAGAAGGAAAAUGUACCCCUUCCAGGGUUUUCUCAACACCCUCACCGCAAACCGGCCCUUGUUUAUACACCAACUGGCCUGUAG